GGACCGCCAUUGGAAGGGACAAAUUGGACCGGUUCCCUGACGGGUUGUGUCGGCAAACGGAAGUGGACACAUUUGUCCAUGGUUUGCGGUGCUGUGGAGGAAUUCCGACAAUCCGCACCAACUUGGGAGGAAUCAUCGUAGUAGCCGUUUGCUGUUUCGAGGAAGCAGUGCGGUGUAAAGCGAAGCAGUGUUUGUGUGCUAACAGCAACCGAUAUCUGCUCCAAGAAAUUCACAGAAGAAAGAAACAGCCAACCAACGGGAAACAGAGUGUGUGCGAGUUAGCGCGGAUAAAGAAAAAGUGUUACAAAAAAUAGAUAUCAAACAGAUCGCAAACCUGUGUUGUGCCCCUUGCUGCUACCGUAGAGAACCACGACCCGAGUUUAUCUACUCUUAAGUCAGCAGAAAUGGAUCUAUUCGAGAAGGGAAGCAUAGUCAACAUCAAACGAAGCGAUGGUCGCGUACAUUCCGCGAUGGUUUCCAGGAUCCACGAGGCGUCACGCUCGGUCACCGUGGAGUGGUACGAGCGUGGCGAAACCAAAGGAAAGGAAGUCGAGCUCGACAUGCUGCUGGAGCUGAACAAACCAGAACAUCUAGUUGCAGACAGUGAUGCCACAUUAAUGCCACAACUUAGGACGGAACACAUAACUCCCGCACCAGCCAACCUCGCUAGGGAAUCAUCACAAUCGUCCGCCGAGGACGAUGGCUUCCUGGAAGACCAAGAAGAUCCCUCGCACAGUAACAACAAUAACCACGGUAGCAGUAGUAACGGAACGACCAAUGGUACCAGCGGCAACGGCACAGGACUAGGCGGCGGAACCAUGCCCAUUAGUCGAUCCACAAAUGCGGCCACCAAAUCGAAUGCUACACAAGGUGCAAUCAGCAGGCUCAACCUAGUGAAUGGAGCUACACGAACAGCCCGAACCUCGCUGGCCCCGAGUAUCAACGGCCAAGAUCAGUCAGAGAACAUUCCCCCACAAAAAGCAAAACAGGCAAAGCCACAACCCCCCACUGGUCGGAUGUCGAUGGCUGCCCAGCCCACCACCGCAUCCCAGAUCGCGGCACCGACGACGGUGGCCUCCCAGCUUAGCAAGGAUGCCUCCAAUCCUCGGCGGUCAUACGUUGUCAAAGAAGUGGAACGGUUGAAGGAGAAUCGCGAGAAACGGCGCGCCAAACAAGCGGUCAUACGAGAGGAAAAGAAUGCCCUGAUGAACAUGGAUCCGGGUAAUCCUAACUGGGAACUGGCUGCGAUGAUCCGUGAAUACCAAAGCCAAAUCGAUUUUCGGCCCCUGCUGGACGGUCAGUCGAUCGCCGAUAAUCAAAUCACGGUGUGCGUGCGCAAGCGGCCGGUCAGCCGGAAGGAGGUGAUGCGCAAGGAACUGGACGUUAUUUGCGUACCCACCAAGGACACACUGAUCGUACACGAACCGAAAACCAAGGUUGAUUUGACCAAAUUUCUUGAGAACCACAACUUCCGGUUCGAUUACGCUUUCGAUGAUACCUGUGGCAACGAACUGGUUUACAAAUACACAGCAAAACCUCUAGUGCAAACAAUUUUCGAAGGUGGCAUGGCUACUUGCUUCGCAUACGGUCAAACAGGUUCCGGUAAAACACAUACUAUGGGAGGCGAUUUCAAUGGCAAGGUACAGGACUGCAAAAAUGGUAUCUACGCCAUGGCCGCCAAGGACGUUUUUGCCUAUCUGAACAGUCCCAAGUAUAGUCAUCUGAAUCUAGUAGUUUCGGCGAGUUUCUUCGAAAUCUACAGCGGAAAGGUAUUCGAUCUUCUCUCGAACAAACAGAAGUUUCGUGUUCUUGAGGACGGUAAAUAGCAGGUACAUGUAGUAGGGCUUACAUAAAAGGAGGUUGAUUAUGUCAGGAAUUAUUAAUCAUUAUUAGAAGAAGUCCUAGGAAUUAUUAAUCAUGGCAACAGCACUCGCACAUCUGGUCAAACUUCGGCUAAUGCCAAUUCGUCUCGAUCCCAUGCCGUAUUCCAGCUGGUCGUUCGUCCUAAAGGAUCCACUAAAAUCCAUGGCAAGUUUUCGUUUAUCGAUCUUGCGGGUAACGAACGAGGCGCGGACACAUCAUCGGCAAACAGACAAACCCGGAUGGAAGGUGCUGAAAUUAACAAAUCGUUACUGGCACUGAAAGAGUGUAUUAGAGCGUUAGGAAAACAGAACGCCCAUUUGCCAUUCCGAGUCAGCAAGCUCACCCAGGUCCUGAGGGAUUCCUUUAUUGGUGAGAAGAGCAAAACCUGUAUGAUUGCAAUGAUUUCACCAGGACUGAGUUCGUGUGAGCACACGCUAAACACGCUGCGGUACGCCAAUCGCGUCAAGGAACUAGUGGCCAUUGACCCGUCCGAACGGGCGAACAAAGUCGAACCGAUGGAAAGCGACGAACCCAAGAACGGUAUGCUGUCGGAGAACGAUUUAGCUCAGUUGUGAUCGUUGAAUGAGCACGACAUGUCAGUGGAACUGUACAACCAACAUGCGGCCAUUUCCGAUCUACAACAGACUGAAGAGGAGGUCGCUGAUCACCAUCAGAAAGUCAACGAAUUUCUGAUGAAGUUCUUGCCCGAAUCGAGAGAGCUGUAUAAACUGAUGAACUACGUUGAUUACGAUCAAGACGCCUACUGCAAACGCGGUGAAGAACUAUUCACUCAGCUGGCGGAAAUUGCGACGACCUGCAGAGACUUGAUGUCUGAGUUCCGGGCGAAGCUGACCAAGGAAGAAAUGUUGUCGCACAAGAUCAAACCGGGUCGAAAAUACAACUAGGCUUGUUUUCUGCUUCUUUUCUGUUAGUGCAAGCUUAAACGAAAUGAAAAUGAUACCACAUAAGAUCGAGCGAGCAUGAGUGGGUGAGCGUGUGCGUGGAAUAGGAAUGAUGUUUAUGCUGUGCGCUUGCUGGACCAGCGACUAGUAGCGGGCGGGAAAAAGCUGUGCUGUCCGAUGGUGCCCCUCCACUCUAGUGGCAUUAGUCCUUUUCUGAGCAAGACUGGCAGUUUUAUCUCUGCGAACGAAUGAACUAAAAUGUUGUAGAAAGAGUCGAACGCAAAUUCAAAUAAGGACAUAAACAGACUUACAUAUGAAAAUAAGAUUACUACUUGAUCAGCGGCUUCGAAAAUUAUCUAUACAUAAAAACUGGAGGAGUUUUGUGGAUAGAAAUGUUAUUUAUUUUUACAGUUUUUUUUACUUUCACCCAUCGCUAAAACAAUGUAUGGAAAAACACUCCAAAACAAACCGAUGAUUCCAUUUUGUGCUGAAUUUGAUCAGCUACCUAAGAUAUUAUCGAGAAAUAAACUAUUUUCAAAUAUAUGUGAGACAUUUCGUUUUGUAGUCACCAUAGAUGCAGGAAAAUAAUAAAAAAACAAUAAACAGAACAUUUACCACAAGGCAGCAAAAAUCCUAAAAAAUAAAGAGUAACUGUAUAUAACCUGCUAAUGUUGCUUGGCAAUUUGCUACAAAAUGAGUUCAUUCCUCGGACGAGAAGAAAGUUAAUACUACACAAGUGUUGACAAUUUGUUGAAAGUGAUUGUAAUCUAAACGAAACGACCAAUAAUAAAUUGUUAAGUAUAAAGAAGGCAUGAUUAUUCUUAUCUCUCUUAACACUCGAAACAUUUGGACGUAUGGUAAGUUUUAAGCCGGCGGACAUGGGAUUUAUUUCAUGUUGGAUUGAAUUAUUAUUCAAUUCAAUAUUAUUUCAAGUUUCAAACUGAUGAAAGUGGAGAAACGGUUCGAACGAAUCGCAUUCGUUCGAAAGUAUCGAUCCUCCGUAAACAAUAAUAGGGUUGAUUAUCUACAAAACAACACAUGACAAACGGGCAGUUUCCUUAAUUUUCACGUUUUUUUGUGGGGUCAACUCAAUGUUUAAAUUAAUCCGAAGGCUGCUGUAUUUUCAAGUUGAGUUUAAGUAAAAAUAAAAAAAUUGCAGGAGUCUGCCCGAACUCCGAAAUUAAACUCAAAUUAGAUUAAAAUGUGAUUGCUCAAAUAUUUUUGAAUCACCUUGUUUGAUUCUUUUUGAUGGACCUUGUAUUGAUUUUUAUGGUAAGCACAAUUUUGUUUUCAAAAGUUUAAUUCAAAACUUACAAACUUCAUAAAACAACUCGGACUUUGUUGUUGGCAUCCAGAAUACCACCCGCUUGAAGACAUCUAUACGUCCUUGGGGUUUUGACGGCAUAAUGAAAACAUUGCAUAAUUUAACUCAACCCGAAUUAUUAAGUUCUCUUUUUUAACCGUAGUGAUAUGAUUUGUCCAUUAUUCAGGCCUCGAUUUUUGAAUACCUUUCCAACAUUCAAACCUUUAUCGAUUCCUAGACUAAGUCAAGGGUCGUGUUUGUUGUAAAAACGUUUUGGUCGUCAUAAUCUGCUCACAGAAAUGCAAUUCAAAUUCAGAGUUGCAAAUGGGUCAAUCUAUUCUUACAAAGUCAGGAAGACUGCGGUAACUCUUAGCUGAGUUAACCGAAAGACUAUACCACGAGUAAGAACUUCCCAGGUGGCGGUUCUGAAUGCAGAUGAUCCGACAGAUAAGAGCAACAAUCUGCUCAGAUUCAAUGUAUAUGUUGAUCGAGUGACACUGACCUUAACCCUUCUCUAGGCAGUAACGGAAGGUAUCGGAGAACAAGGAUUGUGUGAAUGGAAAGAAUGUAGAUAGGAAAGCUUAUAAAUACAAAGGCAGAAAAAGACGAAACAAAGGCAAACAAACACACAUAUUAUUACUAUAAGAAGCAGACAUAACUGAUGCAAAACUAUGAAAGAUUAACAAUUUACACAAGUAUAUAAGGAGUAUUUUGCGAGUGUGAUCAGAUUUGAACAAAAUGCAACAAGGAAGUGUAUUGUUUCUACUUGGAAAUAAAGAACCCAGUCAAAAGAAAGCGAGAAAAGCUAUUUAUCAGUAAUGUUAGUUAAGUUUGUAGUAUACUAUCAAAUCUCUCUUAUUUCCUCCCUCUGGAUAUAAUCGAAUAAACGUUUUUUUUAUUUGGCUAAAAUAUUGCUUUGCUAUGAUUUUGACAACGUGAAACUUGAUCGAAGAAAAAGUCACAGGAAUAGUAACCAGUCGGAGAACGAGCAAGCAGGUAGAAUGAUGCAACAGAGGCACCGAGUGCGCUCGCGUAGUUGAUAAUGGUUUAAAUAGUAAUCAUUGGAAUUAAUCCCGUUUUGUUUCCUUUUAAUAUGAUUUAAAGGAAGUUUCUUUUAUACUCAUCUUCGAAUGAUAACAAUCAAAAUUAACGCUGAAAA